UGAUACUAUCCUUUGCACUUGCUUUUGAUUCGCUGUUUCGGAUUGCGAAUGGCGCUUAUGCUCCCGAUCCUGGAGAUCGCCGGAGUGGCCACGAGGCUCGCCGGAGCUAGGGUUUGUGCCUCCGGGCGGGUGAAGGAUCCGGAAACGAGGGUUGGUAGGGAUUCAGACCCGUUGCGAAGGCUCGGAAUCUCGCCGCUUUUUCCAACUCCGUUGCUCUGCGUUUCUUCGCCGCCGUCUCCGUCGCUGAGGGAGAAGCAGGAGAACGAUGGAGGUGGAGAUAAGGGGGAUUACUAUGUUAACAUGGGUUAUGCUAUUCGGACUCUCCGGGAGGAGCUGCCGGAGAUGUUCUAUCGUGAGCCUUGCUUCGAUAUCUACAGGGAUGAUGUCGUCUUCAAAGAUCCAGUGAAUGCAUUCACUGGCAUCGACAACUAUAAAUUAAUAUUUUCUGCUCUCCGCUUCAGUGGUCAGUUGUGCUUCAAGGCCUUAUGGGUUGAAAUAGUGAGUAUAUGGCAGCCAAUGGAGAACAUCAUAAUGAUCCGAUGGAUUGCCCAUGGCGUCCCUCGGGUGCCUUGGGAGAGACGCAGUCGCCUUGAUGGCACAUCUAAGUACAAGCUUGAUAAAAAGGGGAAGAUUUUCGAGCAUCGAGUUGACAAUGUGGCUCUCAACUCGCCUCCGAAAUUCAAGGUCCAAGCCGUUGAGGAAAUGUUACAUUCUCUUGGAUGCCCAUCCACACCUAAGCCAACUUUCUUCAAAGCAUUGUUCUCAGCCACACCAUAUAUGGCUGUCAUGCUGAGAUUCACUUGGGUGAGGCUCUAUCUUGCGCUUUGCCUCACUCUUGCCUGGCGAUACGUAGGUGAAGAAUGACUAGUUAGAAUACAAGAAGUUACAAGAAAUUUUGGCCAGAAUGCUAUACGAUAUUGUCAAGCAAUCUCCAACCUGAUGGCUGUAAUGUUGUAUAGUAUCGUGUUGUAUAGUUAGAUACACUCUUUGUACCAGUCUACAAGCAUAAGAGUAUACAUUAUGAAGUGUGGUCUGAGAAGCUGUGAAGACUAUUAUGAUUGAAUAAAUGCAGAAUUCCAUGUUUCUCAUUC